AGCUGCGUUUGAAAUUCCCAUGGUGCUAGGGGGCGCGAGGGCAUAGCGUUUUGCAUCUAGCUAGAACUCGUAGCCGCCUCUCGCUUCUACACGUUAGAUUUCACAUAUAUAACAGUAGCGAAUUAAAGUCAUGUGAAUGAGAGGAAAGGAACCCGACCUACUAUUUAACGACAAAUGACAUUCUGAAUUUUCAGAAAAUCCAGAACAUUUCUGCUCUGUUAGCUAGCUAUAGUAGCUGAGACGGAGGCAGAGGUAGAAAACUUCGCUAACGCCAAUUAACGUAUUGUGUUUGUUAGCUAAGCUAGCUAACUGAGAGAGACACUACUAAAAGUUGUCUAAACAACCCUCUAAUGGAGUUAUUGUGUCACGAGGAUGGACGAUUCCAAGUAGCCUCAGAAAGCACAACCGAAUAUUUGAAUUCCGCUGCUCUUCGGGCCAGCUCUGACCCGACCCUGACACGGGACCGUCGAGCAUUGCAGAACCUGUUGUCACUGGAAAAGACCAGUCGGGCCUCACCAUCAUACUUCGGCACGAUUCAGACAGACAUUCAGCCAUAUAUGCGGAGAAUAUUGGCAGUAUGGAUGCUACAGGUUUGCGAGGAGCAGAAGUGUGAGGAAGAGGUGUUUCCUUUGGCCAUCCACUAUCUGGACCGUUACAUGAGUUGCUUCCCUGUUCAAAGGUCCAACCUGCAGCUUUUAGGUGCUGUUUGCAUGUUCCUGGCCUCAAAACUGCGUGAGACAGUACCCCUGAGUGCCAGCAAGCUCUGCAUCUACACUGACAAUGCCAUUACAGUGUCAGAGCUCCUGCAAUGGGAACUUGUGGUGGUGGCAGGGUUAGAGUGGGACCUGGCUUCUGUGUUACCCUCUGACUUCCUGGAGCAAAUUCUUCAUGGCAUACCCAUAAUCCCUCACAACCUCCAUGCCUUGCGCAGGCAUGUUCACUCCUACAUUGCACUGGCAGCCACAGAGUUUAAGUUCUCUGUGUUCCUGCCUUCCACUAUUGCCUGUGCCAGUGUGGGCGCUGCCAUUCGCAGACUGAAGCUCCUGGAAGGAGCUCUAUCCAAUGAUUCACUUAUGCAGUUGCUAGCUAACAUCUUGGCCAUUGAUCUGGAGUCUCUCUGCUGCUGCUCUGACCAGUUGGAGGGUGUGCUGGAGCUCAGCCUGCCCCCCUGCCCCCAGACACCAGGGGCUUGCUGUUCAGGGACACCUGGCCCAGAGGUCAGCUACACCCCCACUGACAUCCAGGACAUACACCUGUCACCACUGGGCUAGAGAUGACACCAAGCAGACAAUCACUUAACAAUGACUGGAGCUUAUUUAUACCAUAAUGAGGCAGGUGUCUUAACUACCCCGUAAGACUAUUUUUGGCAGUCACUAAAACAAAUGUAUGUGGUAAGAAAAAACAUGUCUUAUAAGCAUUACUGUGUUCACACAUGAUGAAUUGUGGAGAUCUUUUUGAUGUCCAAAGUUUUUCUGUUUACAUUACAUUUCAGUGUAUUUGAGUUCUUUGUCGUUGCUAUGCUGUUGCUGCUAAGGUUUUUUUAAGGACGUUUUAAAACUUAAGUUACUGUCGCUAGCUUCAGGGAACACAGUUUCUCACUGCUCUCUGAAGUUACCACGGAGGAGUAUCUUUUUAACUUAAAACAUGCUAUUUGUGAUAUUGCCAGAAGUAUUACUGAAUUUCCAUUUCAAUGUUUGCACUGUGUGAGUUUGCUGAGUGGUGUUCUCUGUGAAUACAUUAUGAAUUAUUUAAAAAAUGCUGCUUUUCAUGGAGUUGUAUUAAGUACCCCUUCUGACAUCUCUCUCAUACUGCGAACAGUCACUCACUCAGGACGGUUACAAUACACCUCGAGCUUGGCUAAUGCCAGCAGAAUUUGAUAAGCACAAACAAUGCCAUGCAUUGUUUCCUGGUAUCAGCGUUUUACCAUAAUCAGCCUACUAAAUCAAUAGUAAAGCCACAACUACCAUAAAUGUCCCAAACGAGUUCAAAGACAAAAUAAUCAUUCAUAUGGGUACAGUUAAUUUAAAAAAAAUGUUUAUGAUUCACUGGGCCAAGUCAGAUCAGACCACAAGCUGACAACAGAUAAGCCAGACACUUUGGCAAACAUGGAUCAUGUCCAACUCAUGAAAAACAAAUUGCUUAGAUUUACCUGUAUUUAUUAACAUGGCAACAUAUUUUUAUGGUUGUGUUGACAUGAGUUGGCUAACAAUUGAUAGGUCACUUAAUGGAACUGUAUAAACAUUUUGUAGUUCCUGUAUAAUACUGAGGGGGGAAAAAAUAAUCACCUGAAUCUGUUUGAGCAUCAAAGUUUGAAUAUCUUUGUGUUUUAACCUCCUUUGUUGAAUCGCUCUUGUAUACUACUAAAAAUAAGUUAUUUCCCUUUAUCCCUACAGUGUUAAAUAUAAAAUCAACCUAUUAAUAACCAACAAUAAGAAAUCACCACAUUCCAGUCAUUGAACAGCAACUUGAUGUUGUAGCCCCUUGUGCAAAGCUGUGUGUGCAGUUUGUUCCACAUUCAAGUGAACCCUGAAACAUUUUAUAUAAUUAUCAGAUUUCAAUAGUCUGAGCAGCUCCUAGGCACAAUUUUUCAUAGUAUUAAUCAUUUUUAGGUGUUAAAACAGAAUAAAUUGAAUCGAUCCUAGUCAUAAUCAUGAAAUGCCCAGAGGGCACAUCAAAGUCACAAAUCCCAGUCUUUGGCCACAUGCUGUUACUGGGAAACCGAAACACACCUUUAGACCCGUCCUUGUAAAUUAAUUAACUCAUAAAAAUGUCACGUAUCGGUCUGAACUAGUUCUUCAGUUCACUCUCUGGGGAAGUUACACAUUAACUAGUUACCACACAUGCUAAAGAUCAUGGUUUAAUUCCAGAGAACUGGAAUACUGCUACAAUACUUAACCCGCCAAAAAAACAACAGUUUUCAUCUGAAAUGCACUGUACACAGAGUAAACUUAGGCUGAAUAGAAUAGUAGCAGGUUCGACAAGUUCGUGCUAGUGUGCCUCAGGGCUUAAAGGGGCAAUCUGCAGUUUGAACAAUAAAGCGGUAACCUGGUAAACAGGUGAGGGGUGGGGCUGGAGAAAUGUAACCACUCAAUGUACAGAGCUAUGUAUAAAGGGACUGACCAUCCAUGAUUUCAAGAUUAGUUUCAGUUUACAUUAA